GACAAACCAAGCCCACCACAAAACCUAGAAGUCUUGGGUAUGACAGCUGAAACUGGUGAUAUUAAAUGGGAACCAUCGGAGGAUGAUGGUGGAAGCCCAAUCACUGGAUACAUUGUUGAGAAGCGUGACAUCACAAGGACGUCAUGGCAACAAGUUGAAACAACCACUGAUUUGUCAUGCACAAUUCCCAAACUCCUUGAGGGCAAAGAUUAUUUGUUCAGGGUAUCUGCCGAGAACAAGUAUGGGGUCAGUGAUCCAACCUCAAUAACUGAAGCUGUCAAAGCCAAGAACCCAUUCA